ACAGAAAUGUGUUGUUAUUAUUAAUUAAGAUUUUUUUUAUGAGUAAAAUGUAUUUCCCACAUUGUCACUUGAUUUGUCGGUGUUGUUGACGGUCUCAAAGCAGGAAGUAACGUUAGUGAGUCGCAGCUGCAAAAACUGCCAGUGAACGUUCAGGUCUCGGGAUGGCGGACAGCCUGGAGGAGCGGAGUUUAGAAAUUUUGGAUAUUCCCGAUGAUUUGGAUGAUGAUUUUCUCAUUCUCUACUUUGAGAACAAGCGCCGCUCUGGGGGAGGGAGAGUGGUCUCUUUGGAGAGACGUGGAAACCAAGCGUUGGUGGUUUUUGAAGAUACAGAAACUGCUGUGAGUGUUAGCUGCAAGACCCACAGUCUCCACAAUACCACAUUGACACUGCGGAGGAAACCACCUAAGGACCCUGGAAAACUGUUGCUAAGAGGCCUCAAUCCAGACACUCCCAUGGACUAUGUAGAACUCUAUGUGGAAAACAUUACCAGACUAGAUUUAGAAACAGAAUUCACCUUGUAUCCAUCGCCGAACAAAGACCUGGUUCUGAUACACCUAAAAAAACGUCCAUCUAAAGAUUUUCAGACUCUAAGUGACGACGUUUCCAAGAAGGGUCUACAUGGAGCAAAUGUCUCUCUGGAGCAGGUUGUGGCUACAGACUCCAUUUUGGUUUCCAAUCUGUCUACUCAAACAGAAGAUGUGCUGGAGCUCUACUUUGGCAGUGCACGCUCUGGAGGGGCUGAUGUUGUUGCAGUCAGCAUGCUGUCUGACGGACGAGCUAAAGUUUCUUUCAAGGAUGUGAAAACUGUGGAUCGUGUUCUCCAAAAAUCUCAUAAUUUGGAAGAUAGGGAUUUAGUUGUCGAGCCAUACUUUGACUUUCUGCAUGCUGUAGUGGAUCAGGCGUCCGCUGGUGCUCAAGAUGGACAGAGUACACUGAUGGAUGGGAUGAACCAAACUGAGCCAGUUUCAUCUCAAAGUCCUACUGUCUCUCACCAAAUGGAGAGCACUAGCUUAGGACAAGCUAAUGCACAGACAAACAGCAUCCCAGUUAUACCAAAAUUAACUCCUGCAACUGCUGCUGAGCCAUUAAUCCAGAAAGAAUGUAUCAGCUUCGUAUCUGUGCCUGAUGCCAUUAAACAUCACCUACUCCGAUUGAGUAAACUGACUGAGGAUCUCACGAAGGCUCAUCCUCAGUUUGAUGUCAGCCUAGCAAAAGAUGGCGUUCAAAUCAAAGGCCCUGAUCAAAUUGAGGUUGAAAGACUUAAAAACAAAGUUCUAGAGUUCCUGACUGGUGUUGUGCAGGAUCAUCUGACAUAUGACAAACUUAAAGCGGAUUUUCUUGGAAGGGAGGAUGUUAAAAAGAGACUAGAUUCAUCUCUGAAAGAUUUUCCUUCAAUCUACAGUGUGUCUGAUUGUUUGGUCACUGUAACAUCUUCAUCCCGUAACACAGCCAGACAGACCCAUGAUCUGAUAGAGUCCGGGAUAUCGGAGUUUACUGUGCCAGUGGCCAAUGAAUACAAGAGCGCGGUCUUCUCAGAGGAGUGGUCUGACUUUCUGACGUCUCUGGACUUUUGUAGCGUUAAAGUAUCUGAUGAUGCUGGAAUGAUAAAUGUAGUCACCUUAGCAGGAAUGGAGAAGGAUAACAAGGGGAAGAUUGUUGAGUUUCUUAGCACACCACACCAGAAGGAGACGGUCUUGUCUAUGCAGCCAGGAAUGCUUAAAUUCCUGCAACUUCAUCAUCAGGAUCUACUAGCAGAUAUGGGAGAGGUCAUCUUACUCCCGCUGGAGAGCGGAGAUGGAUUGAGUAUUCAAGGAGAUGCAAGUGUUUGCCAGUCGGCGGCAGAAUUACUAAGUGCUAUCAUCGGCUCAGUAUUUACAAAGAACAUUGUAGUCAAACAGCCUGGCAUUUCCCGCUUUUUGCUAGACGAUGAAGGUACCAGCAUACUGGCAGAGAUGACAGCCAAGUUUGAGGUCUAUAUAGACAUGACCAAAGUUUACUGGGAACCUCUAGAAGAUAAAGAUAUUUUGGAGCUGGCAUGGAAAAUGACACCCUGUCAGAACUUCCAGAAGAGUUCCUCCGCAAAUUCCAUUCAUGAAUUCACUGCUGGAGUACCGAAUGGCGCUACAAUUACGCAUGCAUCAGCUCGUAUUGAAGAAGCUAAGAAGAUUCUGGCAGUGAUUGGCAGUGAUUUCAACCCCACUCCUUCAAGUUCAGCAUCCACAAACACUGAUACUCAAGAUAUCUAUUCCGACCCGAGUGAAGAAAUUGUCGAAGUGAACUCUGACUCAGACGAUCAACCCCAUCCACUGCAGACGCUUGACCUCCAGAGCUCCUCGGCAUCCAUGAAUGUCUGCAACCUUGACGAAGACGCGAGCCUCUUGUUGGCGAUUCAGUUAUCAAUGGAGAUUAACCAAAGAAAGGACAAUGAUGACAUCCAAAAAGCUCUAGAACUUUCCAAGAGGGACUCCGUACCAAGCGAGGAGAACAAACAGCUGGAGAAGGCAUUUGAAAUGUCAAUGGAGGAAGCCAUCAGAUUAUCCAACACCACCGAGAUCUUUGUAUAUGCGAACUACAACCAUGAUCUUGUAAGGGUGGAUAUUGCAUUGGGCAAGAAGGUGGGACUGAGACAGUGUGAGGAGAAAAUCGAGAACAAAAUCCUCCGGAAACUUUCCUCGUUUCAGAAGAGAUGCAUAGAUCUCAUUAAAAGGAAGCAUGCCGUGGAAAUCAACAUCCAGGGCACCACCGCCAUCCUCUCUGGCUUUAAGGAGUAUGUCUCUGAGGCCGUUCCUGAUCUGAAGGACGUCCUGAGACGAACAGAGCACAUGAUGAGUGAUGAUGGGAUUGCUAAGUCUGUUCAGUGGGUGUGGUAUGAGCAGGGCUCUUCUAAGGGCACACCUUACCCGCCCGAGGCCACAGUAUUCAUUGAGAACGCUUGGAAGCUGAAGCAGAAGAAGGUUGAUAUUUUAUUCAACAAUCAGCCAUACAGCAUUGACUUAGAGAAGAUGGAAGAGCACAGUUUGGCAUCUGGGAAAUCGGUGCUUAUUAAACGGAAAAUGAUGAGCACAGAGGACUUGUACACGGAUGGUGCAGAUGAAGAUUACAGUCUGCUGUCCAACAUGCCAGAAGUGUCUACAGUGGAUGUAAAUUCUGAUGAAUUUCAGGAUGUGGUCAAAGAAUUUUAUGACACUCUUCAAGACAACCACAACAAAAUCAGAAUCAUCAAGGUGGAGAAGCUGAUGAACAAACUCCUGCAUGAUCAGUACAAGCUAAAGAAGGCCAGUAUUGAGCAGAGCACCUCAGAGCCCCAGUUUGAGCGGACACUUUACCACGGCACCAGUGAAACCAGUGUGAAGGAGAUCUGCAUUCAUGGCUUCAACAGGAGCUUCUGUGGAAAAAAUGCCACUGUAUAUGGUCAGGGUGUGUAUUUUGCAGUCAACGCCUCUCUGUCUGUGUCAGACACUUACUCUCCACCCAAUGCAGAUGGGCACAAGUUUAUUUUUGUAGCCAAAGUGCUCACCGGAGAAUUCACUGUAGGAAAACACGAGAUGAAGGCAGCUCCGCUUAAGGAGAAUUCAGCCGUACCGGUCAGGUACCACAGCGUGACGGAUCAGAUCAACUCCCCGACUUUAUUCGUCAUCUUCAAUGACACACAGGCUUAUCCGAAAUACCUUAUUACAUGCAAGAAGAUCUACGGUUAAUCAAUAACAUGCUUUCAGAUGCUAAUGCUGGCAUGCAUUUACAAAAUCACUGGCAAUCAUCUACAGUUAUUAAACUGAUUAGAGCUACUCUUAAUUUACUGGAUUCUUAUUUUAAACAAACGUUUGUCUGAAAUGUUAUAUUUAAUUUUAUUAUUUGAUUCUUAUGUUUGGAAAGUGACAUGUUCAUAUUUCGCCGUUCUUCUUUAAUCAUGCUAUUUUUGUUACAAAUGUAUGAAAUCAUAAAAGAUACUGUUCGCCUUAAUGCUGUCAGAUACACAUUAUUUUUAGAAUAAUAUUUUUUUUGGCUGU